UGUUCCCCCUCAAUCCCCUGAACCCAAAAGUCAGUAGCCUGACAUCCUGUCACAACCACCUGGGCCAGCGGCGCCGUGUGCGCCAGUGGCAGGAUGGCAGAAUCAGGCGAUGUGACCUUGGCUGCUUUGAGCGUAGCUUUCCUGUUCGGCAUCCUGGGCUUGUUCGUCUUCUUCGGGAUCAAAGCCAGAGCUAUCUCAGAGGAGGAAGAGGAGCAGGCAAAGCAGGCAGCUCAGCCACGGCGCCGCAACGCGCUGGACCGCAUGCAGCGCGGCGCCGCGCGCGCGGGCGACGAGGGCGAAGGAGGUGCUGAGGAGGCGGCCCAGGGGGCGCAGGCUGCCAAGAGGACCAACCCGGCAAAGGAAGCGAAGAAACAGGAGAAGCGCGCUCAAAAGCAGGCGGAGCAAGAGGCUCAACAGCAGAAGCUUGAGAAGGCCAGUGAGAAGGCGGUCAAGUACAGUGAGAGGCAGCGAGAACGAGAGGCCGAACGCUUGAGGAGGGAAGAGGAAGAUGAGAAGGCCAGAGAAGAGAAGCAGAAACAGGAGAAGGAAGAGAUGGACAAGUGGAAAGAAACGUUUUCCGUGGAGAAAGAGGGUGAGGAUGAUGGCACCUUGGGGGAAGGGGUCGUGGAACAGUUCGUGGACUACGUGAAGCUUCGGAAGGUGGUGAACCUGGAGGACCUGGCGGCCGAGUUCAGGAUGCGGACGGUGCACGCCAUCAAACGCUUAGAGGAGUUGGAGAAGAUGGGACGUUUGAGUGGCAUCUUCGAUGACAGAGGGAAGUACAUCUACAUCACCCUGGAGGAGAUGGCUUCUGUGGCCUCCUGGUUGAAGAAGAAGGGCCGCAUCAACCGCGCUGAUCUGGUGGCCGGAUGCAACAAGCUCAUCCGCUUGAAUCCCACCGAGGAGGAUCAGGCGAAGCUGGAUGCCGAAGUGCUUCGGGUGGAUGAAAGCCUCGAGCCAGGCGAGGGCGAAGACGCUGCCGUGUAGGACACAAAAAGGUGACGCGUCUGGCGCGGCACGGAGGAUGGAUCUCUUGUGGGGACAGAUGGUGGGGCCGUUUGACAGCGUU